UUGUGUGAAGUGAAGAAAAAAAAAAAGAGUUGUAGAAAAUUUUCGAACGAAAAGAUUUCACGAAUUUUUUCAAUCACAAAAAAUAUGGCAUCGAUUUUACGUUCUGGGAAAUUAUUUCGUUAUUUUGCUGGUUUAACACGAAGUGUUGUCUUUCAAUCAGUUCGUGAAACCGAAGGCAGUCUUGUCCAGAAUUCACAAUGCGUUUGCAGUAAUUUAAUCAAUGGCUAUGCAACAACAGCUGCCAAAACUGACUUGAGCUUGGAUAAGCAACUUAAACGACUGGAUUCGGAUGUUCGUCGUACUGGACGCAUUGCCCGCCGAGAUAUCGAAGAAGUCCUCGACGAGAUUCGUCAUCAACGCUCGGCAACUAGUUCCCAGUCCCUGUUGGUCAUUCGUUGUUGUGGUAAUCUGGUGCCCGAGGAGUUGCCUGAGGUUCGAACUGCAUUGGUUCAGGAAAUAUGGAACACACUGAACUCGUUGAAUGUCCCCAUGGACAUCUCCCAUUACAAUGCUCUGUUGAGGGUCUAUUUGGAGAAUGAACAUCCCUUCUCGCCGGCCGAAUUCUUGUCGGAAUUGGAGUCAAAGGCUAUCGAACCCAAUCGAGUCACUUAUCAACGCUUAGUACUGCGAUAUUGCCAGCAGGGUGACAUUGAUGGAGCAACCAGGAUAUUGGAAUAUAUGCGGGAGAAGAAUUUGCCAGUCAACGAGAGCGUUUUCAAUGCCUUGAUCUUGGGACAUUCUCAGGCCAAUGACAUCGAAUCCGCUAAAUCCAUCCUAACAGUGAUGAAACAAGCCGGUCUUGAACCCAGCGCAGAUACCUUCACAACUCUGCUCUGUUGUUAUGCACGGCACGGUGACGUCGAUGCCAUUCUUCAGACCAUCGAAGAGUGUGAGAAAAACGAGAUAUUCUUGCUCGAUAAGGAUAUCCUCGACGCCGUCUAUGCCCUCGCCAUAAACGGCCACGAAGCCAAGGUGGAUCAGGUUUUGGGAAAACUUAAGAAAUUCACCGGAUUCAAUCAGGAGGCAGUCAAUGUCAUCCUUCGUUUGGUCAACAAGGGCUACGAGGAUGUUGGACUUAAAGUUCUUCGAAUCAUGCCACGUUCAACCCGUCCCGAUGGACAAUUGGUUGACGUUGGGACAUUCUUCAUUCGUCAACUGGUCAAAGUAAAUCGACCAAUUGAGAAGAUUCUAAGCGUUUGCAAGCAGCUCCAGGAGGAAGGACUCAAUCCGAAGGCCUUGCUCAUUGCCACUGAAGCUGGACUUGUAAAUGGAGCCAACCAUGCGACUCUGCCACUGUUGAAGGAACUCAAGAACUCCGGACAACCCAUCAGACAACACUAUUUCUGGCCUCUGUUCUGUUCUGCCGAACCCAAUGAAGUCAUUGACAUCGUGGAGAAGAUGCAGAACGAAUUCAGUGUCCAACCAAACUCGGAGACAGUUCGAGAAUAUGUGAUACCCAAGUUGAGUGAGAAGCGUCUGGAUAGAAUUGUGAGUAUUCUGACGAAUGCAGGAGUCUCCAAUGGCACUGCCGCCUCAUCGGCCGCCCACAGUGCGUUGCUUCAGAAUAAAAUCGAAGAAGCUGCCAAGCUAGUCGAAAGCUAUCGUGCUUACUAUGCUCCAGCUCUCUUCCGCUAUCCUCUCAUUCAAGCUCUCAGCAAAACCGAUGACUACAAAUCCUUUACCAGAAUUGUCCGUCAAAUCCAUGACAACUUGAGCAAGGACAAUGUCUUGACGGCAAACCACGAAGAAAUCGCAAGCGAAGAGGUAAUCGAUGAGGGUGCAGCAAAACCAACAGAAGAAGCAACUCCCUCCGACCCUGAGACAGUUGUUCAAAAGGCUCGUCCGGCAUUUAUUGGUCAAGUCGUCAGCGAUGCGGCCAACUUCUUCCGCAACAAUCGCGUGGAACACCUUGAAAAUAUUCUCACCCACUUCGUGGAACAAGGUCUCUCCAUGACGAGUGAAGCGGCAACGAAGAUUCAGGAGCGUGUGGGCUCAGAGAUGACACCAAAGAUCUCAGAACUCUUGACUAAGAUGACCUCUGGUGAAUUGGAGCCAUUGCAGUUGAAUGUAAGCUCAUCACGCAAACGCACCCUGGACAAGUUAAGCAUCGACGAAUUGGAGCGAUUCAUUGCGAAUCAGGAGGCCAAAGGCGAGAACACCAACACUAUCAAGCGUCAAUUGCUCAUCACUUGUUUCAAGUCCAAGAACCUCGAGAAAACCGUGGAGGUGAUUAAUCGUCUUGAAUCGGACAAGUUCACCAUCCCCACUGGAACCUGGGCUCAACUUAUUGACUUGUACGCUCAGAACGAUCGUCUCGAAGAUGCCCUGAAGCUCUACGAGAAGCUCAAGGCCAAGGAACCUGCAUUCCUGUUAGAUAACCUGAAAUCUCUGCGAAUUGCCGAGAUGAUGAUGAAGUCUGAGAAAAUCGAUGAUGCUGUCGCAUUUUUGCAGAAGAACAAGAAGGACGAAUAUUUCAAUGAAAACGAAGGAUCCUUUAUGUACUCGGCGUCAUGCUGGAGGCUUCUGAAUCAGUUGGCCGAAAGUGGAAAUGUCGAGAAAACUGAACUGCUCUUUGAUACUCUUGUGAAGAAUAAUUACAUUGUCCCCACAAAUGUCCUUCUGGGACCACUGAUCAAGGUGCACUUGGUGAGGGAUGACAUCCAGAAGGCGAUGGAGAAAUUCGAGCAAAUCACUACCAACUACAAGUCCACCCCAUGGAAGAACGAACUCGCUUGCAGAUUGAUUCAAAAGGAGGACGCAGCGAAUCUACAGAAGUUGACCGAUCUCAGCACGAGUAUCCAUGGAGAGGUGAACAGUUUGUAUGAUUUGGUAUUGUCGUUCGUGGAGUGCGGACGAAUCCGUCAAGCGAGGAAGAUCCUAGAGACUCCCGGACUUAGAACACGUCCAAAGCGUAUUGAUUUCGCCUGUGAGCGCUACAGGAACGAGGGAAUGGUCGAAUCACUCGAGGGUUUGAUCGAAGCUACAAAAGACCUUCAGCACAUCGAUCGCAACACAAUUUUCUACAAUCUCUUGCUCAGCUAUAGUAAGAAUGAAGAAGCCGAAAAGGCUUUGGGUUUGUGGACAAAGAUGCAGGAAGAAUCCAUCACGCCUAGUGAUGAGUUCCUCACAAAACUGGCACAGCUCUUGAAGAGUAAGAACAUGGAGGUGCCAUUCGUAGUGCCUCAGGCAUCUCAGAAGGAAGCUCCUGUAGCCAGUGAGAAGCGAUCGAGUGCACCUGUUGGUCGCACCGCCGCCGAGGUCAAGCCACAAAAGACCGGAGCUAGCGCGAGGCCAACUUCAUCGGCUCUGAAUGAAUUUCGCUCAGCAUUGGCAUCGCCAGACGUCGAUAGAGCAAUUGAACUAAAGAACAAGCUAAACCUUGGUCAGUCGCCAAGUGCUGGAGACAUUUCUCAGCUAAUUGAGAAUCUGAUUCACGCUCAACGUCUCAUCGAGGCUACGAAGUAUGUCUUCGAGCUUCUCGAUCAAGGCCGCAGGCCAAUUCCAAAGGUUUUCAAAUUCUACUUGAAUAAGAUUGCGGCAACUGGCGAUCUCGAGACAAUGAAGAAAAUUGGGGAGAAGUUGACCAGUGAACAGAAGAAAAUUGUUUCCUUCGAUAAUCGCUAUUGCCAUGCGAACAUUGCCAGCGGAAAGUGUGAGCCAUACCUGAAUAACCUGUUGCAGAAGAUUUCCACUGCAAAUACACCCGAGGAAAUAAGCGCAGCAGCAGAUAAGUUCCCACGCGGUGGAUCAUUGGGAAUCCUCGAAACUUGUCCGGAAUUGUUGCCAAAAUUCGAGGAACUUGCCAAAGCUUAUGCUGAUAAGAAACACGUAGCUCCUAUGAACGUACUCUGGGUAUAUCACUCGAUCCAUAAGAAUGAGGCCCCAGCUAAGGAGAUUUGGGAGAAAUACCUCGUCCACGAGCCACGCUUGAUGUUCCAGAGAAUCCUACAAAUCGCCCGACAAAAUAACGACGAAAAACAAGCUGAAGACCUAAUCAACCAAUUGAAAAGUUCCAAAAUCACAGGCGGAGCCGUUGGUAAUGCUUACAGCUGCCUCUUGGACAUCCAGUGUGCGAAAUCGGAAUUCGACAAGGGCCUAGAGACAUUGAAUACUGCCCUUAAGUCCGGCCCAAUCGAUCACAUCAACCGCACCGCCUUGAUUCGUCUUAAGGAAGGUUUGGAAGCCAGCGGUAAGAAGUUCCCCCACACUAUACCCGACAAGAAAAUCGAAAAGUCCAGUGAUCCAGUUAGCAGUAGUAGUAGCGAGAGCUCGGGCAGCAGUAGCAGCGACAGCGACAGUACCUCCAGCAGCGAUGAAGAUGUCAAGAUAGGUCCAAAUAAACCUUAAGAAGUUUUAAAUAAAAAACGCGCAGUUAAAAACAAUACAUUUUUCUGUUAAGUAUUUUUACCGAAUAGGUUUGUAAAUUAUUUAGGACAUAAAUAAUAAUAAUCGAUUUUGUAUUCUGUUGAGGUGAAGAGAAGAGAAUUUAUUUCAAUUGACGACACAAAACAGAGCUUCAUUAACCAAAUCUUUCUUUAGUUUUAGCCAUUUAAUUAUGAUUAAUGCCAAAUUUACUGCUUUGAGAGCGAUGAAUGCAUUUGCAAUUAAAUACCGUUAAUAAUUGAACAAGUAAUGUAAUAAUUAUAAUCAUAAAUUGUUGUAAGGAGUUAAUAAAUAUGUAUGUUAGAAAAUUAACAUAAAAUAAUAAAAGGCAUAAAAUAUAUGUCAUUUUAAGUUACUUACA